AAAUUUUAUUAAUGUGAAUAUAUGAAGCCAUGAAAGGUUGGAGUUGGAAAAUAUGAUGGCAGGGUAGGGCAGAGGGACCUGGAAGGCCCAGGAGGGGUGGAGUUGUCUGCUAGGCUGGUGGAUGGGGGAGGGGCGGUGGAUGCAUUCUCUUCAUGUUGUCCCCUCCCCCACCCUCAGAAACCCUUUGUGACUCCUGAGUUCUCAGUGAUGCAGGCUUGGGACUAUAUUCAAGUGACUGCACUCUCAGUGCUCAGUAAUCUCAGUCAGCCUUGUGAUUCAGACAAUGGAAUUCAGAAAAUGGAAUGUUCUCUCAUUUUUGAAUAGCCCUACUGACCCAUGUCUGAGCUUUGGCUCCACCUCCUUGGAUAUUGACUCUGACCUCAUUUUCCUGUGUGGGCUGGGGUUGUUCCUUCUGUUCCUGUGGUACCUGGUGGGGUUUCCAUGUUUGCCAACCUUCUGUAAAAUUAAACGCAUCCAAAAGUGUCAGGGCAGAACCAGGAGGAGAAGGAAAGGUGUCACACUGAAAGGUUGGAGAUUUCACCAGAUAGAAACAGAGGAAAAAACGAAGCUGAUUUCUAUUCUGAAAAGCCCCCUGGGCCGGCAUGAUGAUACCAUCCGCUUUCGUCAGCUCUUAUGUCCAGAUCCCUUCUGUGAUGUGUGUAAUAAUGCAACUGCUGAAGUCAAUUGGCUGCUGUCCCCGGAGACCCUGGAAGAUUCUGCUUCCUCUAUGUCACCUUUGGCUUCCACAGCUCCUGUGGCCGAUUCAUCAUUGACUCUGUCCCCUGCCUUCUCAGCAGUCUCUCCAGGAGAUCUACUACCAGCCUCUCUGCCUGAGCCUUCCCCGUUGCCCCCCUCCAUUCUUUCACCUAGCUCCAUGACCCCUUUAGCUGACUUUUUGUCACCCUCACCAUUGGGUCACACUCUGGCAUUAGAGCCUUUUACUUCCUUGGAUUCCGAAUUCCCAGUAGAUUAUUCCUCACCCCAACCCCUUGCCUUUCCCCCUCUCUUACCACAUGACAUGCAGACAGCAGAUCCUGUUCUCCCACCAGAGGCCACUUUGUCUCUGAAUACCAUCUUUUCCCUUGACCCCACUCUUUCCCAUGAUAUCAACCGCUUAUCAGAUUUGUCCCAAGCAAUGAAGCCCGCUGAUUCUUUUGCACCACCAACUCUGUCUGUUUUACCACAGCCAGACUGCACUUUAACUGUCACUCAGUCUAAAUCAAUUGCUAUCUUACUGACACCUGUUCCUGAGAAUUUGCCUACAGAAAGCCCUGGCAUGUUGUCCACUUAUGUCCCAACACUCACAGGCAUUGAUCAUUCAAGCCUGUCAAUUUCAGACUUCUCCUGGUGGCAAGCUCAUGCCAAAGACUUAAUCCCUUCCACGUUGGCACAAUGUGAUUUCAAUCAAGAGUUUCUUGCCCUCCACUCUUCAGAGGCCUCUUUUGGUGGAGACCCUGCAGCCAACCUCAUAGAGCCUGGUAAUCUCUCAUGUCUCAGCCCUGAUGUCCUGGCACUCCUGGAGAGACAAGUACAAAAGAGGAGCGAUUUCCUGAUGUGGAAAGAAAAGGAAAAGAAAAAAGAUUCUUUUCCAGAACAAUUGAGGCCAGACUAUCAACUAAAUUCCUCAGGGAUAAAGUUAGAGUCAGUUGCUGAUAAGCCUGUGCAUCAACAACCCCCAUAUCCUAAGACCUUGGAGGACCAAUUACAGCAAAAACCUACCCAGCUCUUCUGGGGUCUCCCAUCUCUACACAGUGAGUCCUUGCCCUCUGCUGUUCAUGUCUCCAGUGACAAUUCCUCAAACUUUAUUUUCAAUAGAAACUCAAAUGCCUCUACAGGCCAAGAAUCCCCAGGACUUCCCCAUCCCCAACCUCUGUCCUUGCCUGAGAUUCAGCCUGAAUCCUUGCCUCAAACCCUGCCUCAAUCUCAGCCCCUACCUCUCACUCAGGUCCAGUCCCAAGCUGACCCAAAAUCCCCACUCCUGGUCACGCCACCCGGUCCUCUACCCCAGAUUAGGAUCUGUGGAGUGUAUUUCCAUAGACCUCAGAAUGAAUCAGAAUCUCUCUCCUCAUCUGAAAUUCAACAGCUGGAAUGGAACGUGUUGCAGAAACAACAUGAAAGUUUGUGGGGUUUACCCUCUGUGAUCCAAAGAUCUCAGGAAGACUUUUGUCCAUUAGCUCCUAACACUUCUCACCACCAGCACCCUCAGGCCCAUGUUUCAGUCUCCAUCCUUCCUGGGGAGUUUGUGCUCAGUGAUGAACUUCGGAAGAAACUAGAGCAUCACCUUCGAAAGAGGCUCAUUCAACACCGGUGGGGCCUGCCCCGGAGAAUCAGAGAGUCUGUGUCACUGAUGUUGCCUCCAACUGGUUUUUUAGAGGCAUCUAAAUCAGAAAGCAGUGGUGGAGUCUCACUGAUCUCUGUGUUUAAGGGUCAGAGUAGCAAACAUGUAAAUGUUGAAUUGAUUCAACCUGGAAGUUUCCAUGAGAGAAGCUCGGAAAUGCUCCAGCUAGAGAAAGAUGUGGGGAAAGAUCAGGAACAUAGCCAAGAGAAUGGACAGGAAGAUCACCUGUUGAAAGACCCAAACAGCUCUUCAGAUAAGGAUCUGGGAUAUGACUCUGAGAAAAACAUAAACAUUCAGAUCGUGAGUCUCUCAGAGAAAAAUUUAAGGGUGUCAGCAGAGAGUCUACAACUUGAAAAUGUCCUAAAAGUACAUUUGAGUAAGAAGUUUGAGGAAAUAAAUGAGGGUCGACUUCCUGGGACUGUGCAUAGUUCAUGGCAUGCCAUCAAGCAAACAUUGAUUCUUUCUGCGAAAUCCCACACCGAAAUAAAAGAGAGAAGUUUGACAUCAUCAGUGGGUGAGUCCUAUUCCUUGAAUACCUUCCAGGACCUGACUUUUGUUGAUCCCAGUGCACAGCAGAUGCUGGAAGCACAUAUUAAAAGGUUUCGUAUGAGGAUGUUGUGGGGCCUUCCUUCCAAGGUCCUUGAAUCCAUACAAAUUUUUAAACUGAAAGAUGCCUCAUCCCAGUCCUUGUCCCAUGCCAGUUUUUCCUCCUCAACCAAUUCAAUUUCUGAGGCAGACUCCAAAUUUGGGAGCUCCAAGUCCUUUAGAAGAAGCUCUCAAUCUUUCCAUGGAGACAAAGUGGGAACACUCUGCAUCACAGGGAGAGGAAGUCAUAGACAGGCGCAACUAGCUGACAGAUAUCCCCGAAAGCUGCUUGCAAAGCAAUCUGGAGCCAGAUAUGAGCCAAAGUAUAAGAGUGUGAGUUCCAGUGAUAAAGGAAAAAUGCAACAGGGCAAAAAGGUGGAGAAGUCAGAACCUGUUUCUAUGCCCAAACUGUCUAGGGAGAUAUUCAAGGCUGAGGCGCUUGACACUCUUCAAUUAAAAACGAAUGACAUGUUGACAACCAACAAGUCAGGGAGCUCCCAAAUAACAAAUGUGAAUGAGAAUAAAGUAGAAACUACUGUGACCACUAAAAGCCCCCCACCCAAACUACCAGUUCCCCUAGAUCCUAAAUGCUUAUCCCUUAAAGAACAACUGUUCGAUGAGUUAAAGUUUAGAUUGGAGAAGAGGGAACAGAGCCAAGCUCAAGGUCAACCCACGGACAUGUCCCUUGCUUCAGAUAACUUGACUUAUAAAGCUUCACUGACUCCUGCCCAGGGCGUCUCAGGUGGGGACACAGGAGAGUCCCAGGUGCUGCAUGUCCACGUGGAGGACAGAGGAAUCAGGAUGGAACAGCAGCAGGAACCCUGGGUCCCUAAGCAUGGCUUCCAGAGGUGCCAGGAUAAGAAUUUCCCACCAACUGUGAAGAGAGUGAGCUCCCCAGGGUGCAGAGCAGAAGAGCUAGGUGGAGGGGAUGCAGGGCUGGGGACAUCCCAGCUUAGGAGGACGAGUUUCCCUCCUCAAGAGACGGUACUAGAGGAGAUGCUUGUGAGCAAGUCUUCCCAGACCUUUUCAAAGAAAGGACAGUCUCUUCCUGAAGGCCAUAUCAGAAAAAGAAUGAAGCACUUUUUGCAGUGGCUUUAUCCUGGGGAAAAAUGCAAAAGGAAAGAAGAUCCCCAGGAAAAGGGCAGCCCCAUAUCAAGCGUGCAGAGCAGAGGCCUAGUUAAAAGUAGAGCUGCUGCUACUGGAUCAACAGAGGCUCAGAAAAUCGUGACAGACAUCGGGAAGUUCCUAGAGGAGAAACUGGGGUAUCAGCAUGCAUUAGAUGCCACUAGCUCUCAAGAGGACCCUCCUUCCCCGGUGCACUUUGGGCAAUCUCAACAAAAGGCUGGAGUACAGGUCCACACAGAGCCUGUCCGGGGACAUCCUUUCAACUCCAAGGCUCCCUCUAAAGUGACAAAUACCAAGUCCUGCCACCAAGAAGCUAUCUUGGCUGGCCAGAGCUAUCCUCCAAGUACAAGACAGAUCAGAAACAAGAAAAGACAGCCCCAGAAAGCUGUGGCAUUUAAGGACCAGCAAUUGUAUCAGAAACAUCCCCCACCAGUGCCCCACAGGGAGCCUGUGCCCCACCCAAGCCCCACCCACAGGUGUCAAGCUGGCCAGGCCCGUCCAGCUGUGCCCACCACUGCUGAAGGCACUGUGUUCAGAGAUCUGUCUCUACUGUUUAGACAGAAAACACUUCUCCAGAAUUUCCAAGGAGGAAAACUUCCCAUCCAAAAAUAAUUCCUUCCUUGUGGAGAAUGUUGAUCC